AUGGCCAAAGCCAGGAAAACAAGCUUGAGUCUGAAAGAAAAAACUCAACUCCUCGGCGACCUGGAAUGCGGGGUUAGUAUCCGCGAGGCCAUGACCAAAUGGAGAGUGUCACAAGGGACGGUGUACAAUAUCAAGCGAAAUGCGGAAAAGAUCAGGAUGCAGUGUGCUCAGAAGAAGUCUCAUAAAAGCAAGCGCUUCAGAACGCCGAAGUUUCAAGGUAUCGAGCGGGACCUAUUCAAGGCUUUUGAGGAUGCCAGGCUUGACCACCCAGACCUCCCUAUUUCGGGCCUGUGGUUGAAAGAAAAGGCAAUCUCAGCCGAGAAUGGGGAUUCCGAUUUCAAAGCCUCAAAUUCGUGGCUAGAUGGCUCCAAAGCGCGCUUCAAGCUUUCGAAUCAGAGAAUUUGUGGCGAAGCUUCCAAGGUUGACCAAGAGGAAAUCGAUCGCUGGAUGAACGAGAACGAAAGGACUCUGAAUGAAUAUUCGAUCAAGAACAUAUUCAACGCCGAUGAGACUGGCUUCUUUUAUAAGAUGUUGCCGAAUCGGUCAAUCCGUUUCAAAGGCAAAGCUUGCCAUGGAGGAGAACAGAAUAAAGAAAGAUUCACAGCACUCUUGCGCGCCAAUUUCGAGGAAACGGAGAAAAUGAUCCCCUCAAUCAUCGGAAAAAUCGCAAAUCCGCGCUGCUUCCCAAAAAAAAACGCGGGAUGA